AUUCAAGCCUUUCAUUCAUUUUAUAGCAGCGACGGACAGACGGACGGAACCAUCCAUUUACUCCCUCUCUCUCUCUCUCUCUCUCUCUCUCUCUCGCUUGAGGUUUGUUCAUUAUCUGUGGCACGCAGGGGGUUUGGGAGAGGAGGGCGUUUCAACUUUCAAGAAUUUGUAUUAUUUGCUUAUCGAACAAAGCACUUUUCUUUCUUCCCCCUUCUCGAGAAACAUGAGUAAAGGUCCGGGGCUCUUCACUGACUUCGGCAAGAAAGCCAAAGAUCUGCUCACGAAGGACUACAGCUGCGAUCAGAAAUUUACCGUCACGACCUACUCUGAAAACGGAUUGGCCAUUACUUCAACCGCAGUGAAAAAGGGUGGACUGUCUACAGGGGAUGUGGCCACACAAUGCAAAUACAAGAAUGCUCUGAUUGAUCUCAAACUUGACACGGAAUCUAAUGUUUCAACAACAAUUAUUUUCACAGAGAUUUUGCCAUCCAUGAAGACCAUUGCUUCGUUCAAACUGCCUGAUUACAAUUCAGGCAAGCUGGAGGUGCAGUACUUCCAUGAGCAUGCAACCUUUACUACAGCUCUUGCCCUGAACCAGUCCCCUAUAAUUGAUCUUUCAGCAGCGAUUGGCACUCCCACCUUUGCUUUUGGUGCGGAGGCAGGUUAUGAGGCUAAAUCGGGUAGUUUUUCCAAGUAUAAUACAGGCUUCAGCGUGACACAGCCUGACUACAGUUUUUCAAUGAUUUUGGCUGACAAGGGAGACACACUGAAGGCGUCAUAUGUGCACCAUCUGGAUCAGAUGAACCGGAGUGCUGGUGUGGCAGAUAUCACUCGAAGGUUUUCCCUGAAUGAGAACACAUUCACUGUCGGAGGAUCAUAUGCUGUUGAUCCUCAGACAGUCAUGAAGGCAAGGCUCAAUAACCAUGGGAAACUCGGGGCCCUCCUCCAGCAUGAGCUCAAACCCAAGUCGGUCAUCAUAAUCUCCGGUGAAUUUGACACAAAGACCUUGGACAAGAAUCCUAGAUUUGGGUUGUCCCUUUCUCUCAAGCCUUAAGUGGUCUUUCGAUCUGUUCUAAAGAUGGAUCCAGGUGGUGUGAUUGGCAAUCCUUGUUGAUUUUGUCACUGCCGUAGUGCUGUUUGGAAGAGGGGAGUAAAUAGUUCGACAUACAUAUUCUUUUUUCUUUUUCCUGAGGUUUCCGCUGGUCGUGGAUUUUUCAAUUGGAUGAUUGGCCACUAGUUCCGGUUUCCAUUUUUGAGGAGUUAGUUUUGAAGCGGAUGCAUAUGUAAAAUCUUUUCUAUUUUUCAGGUUAAUUGUUAGUGAUGCCAUUGUCAUUGGGAACUUAAUUCAAUUGAAUAUUUUGUUUGCCCUUCCAGAACUACUGGAGGCUGGUUGGUAAUGCCAGACCAGAUGACCUUGUUUCUUCAGUCUUUUACCUAUGCUGCAUUUUAAACCAUAUGAGAUUUAAUUGAACUACUCUUAAUCUGUA